AGGUGUUUAACCACUUCCUGUCCGGUCCAUGUAUAUAAACGGCUGGACGGGAGCGUUGCAGGAGUGGGUGGCCAUUUAGAAACAUCCUCCCUGCCUGUGCGCACUCCCUGGGAGCGCACGGCACCGAUCGCUGUACGGGACCUCUGUGUGAGGUCCCGAUCACGUGAUCACUGAUUGGCAAAUCAGUGAUCACUUCUGACAUCAUUGCUUACUACUAGUGAAAUCUGUGAAUGAUCACAGAGGUCACAUGGUACAAGGCUUUUCACAACAGCCUUUUACCAUGUG